CGAAACACCUUCAUAAUCUCCGUCGCACUUGAAUAACAAUGGCAUGUAUUUUGUUGGACGAUCUUUAUUUCAUAUCGACGCUGGUUUUUUUAAAUAUCCUUGUUAUUUAUUGUGCGUGUUGGUGGCGCGCGCGCAGUACUGAAAAGUACCUGCCAAAAUGGACAGAAAUUACCGUAUAAUACCAUAUAUUACGUGCGUAUUUGAAAUAAUUAGUUUAAUCUGUUCUGUGUUUCCACAUGGAGUGUCAGUGAAAGUGAAGAGGCUCUGAUAACCCAACGUGAGGAUCGAUAAGGUAACGAAACAUGGACGCAGCAAGUGCGGUCGCGAGCGUAGUCUCGUUGCAGAAAGCUUUCGCCGUGCUGUCCACGUUGGCGCUCACAGCAUACCUCUUUCCUAGACAGGGUGAAGUAUCGGAUCUGGACCACUUCGAUUUCAUAAUAGUGGGUGCGGGGUCGGCGGGCUGCGUGCUGGCGGCGCGCCUGAGCGCGUGCGGCCGCCGCGUGCUUCUGCUGGAGGCGGGGGGGGACCCGCCGAUAGAAUCCAUUAAACCAGGAUUAUUUAAUUAUUUGCCCAAAACACCUUACGAUUACAAUUAUACUUCAGAAAAUGACAACUUUACAUAUCAAACACACAAAACAAAAACUCUGAACCUGACGAGCGGCCAUGUCCUCGGCGGCGGCAGCAGCGUCAACUACAUGAUGUACGUGCGAGGAUGUCCGGGCGACUACCAGCGCUGGGCGGACGCAGCUCAGGACGACACCUGGAACUGGCCUGGCGUCUAUCCGUACUUCAUCAGAAGCGAGAAUCUGCAAAGUGACGAACUCCGCCGCUCCCCGUACGUCCUAUAUCACGGAACUGAAGGCGUCUUAAAAGUAACGAGAGAGACGAAUCGGGACAUUUACAGAUUUAUAAACAGCUUUGAGGAAGUGGGAAAACCAUCCGUCGUCGAUAUCAACGGCCCGUACACACAGGGCUAUACGCCUGCCUUGUUCACCAUAGCCGAUGGAGUCCGACAAUCAACAGCCUACUCGUUUUUAUCGAGUCUAAAACAUAGGCGUAACUUAGUGGUCCGGAAGAAUAGCUUCGUCACCAAAAUAAUUAUCGACGACGAGAACGUGGCGACUGGAGUUGAGUUUCAGACACAGGAUGGAAAAACGUUACGGGCGUUGGCGCGGCGAGAAGUGGUUGUGUCAGCAGGAUCCUUCAACAGCGCGCGCCUUCUCAUGCUGUCAGGGGUGGGCCCGCGCGACCAGCUCGAGCCACUCGGUAUACCCAUCAAGAGCGAGCUGCCGGUCGGCCACCACUAUCAAGACCAUGUAAUCGUUGUGAUAUCGAUUAAGACGGAGAAAUCUCACGCUCCGCCACCUCCGUUAAAUCCCAAUAAGCUGCCGUUUCCUCUCUUCACUGGCUUUGUAUCGUUGGAUGAUCAUGAAUUGUGUCCGCAAUAUCAAACCGCGAUAUUCGAUAUCCCUAACGACAGCCCGGCGCCGUUGCAGCUGUGCGCGUUCAACUUUGGAUUUGACGAUUACAUUUGCAACAAUCUGUUCGACGCGGGCAAAGGUCGAAACACGCUUUUUACGAAUCUUAACAUCUUACACCCCAGAUCAACGGGUCGCGUGAAACUACGCAGCAAAGAUCCGAGGGACCCGCCUAUAGUUAUACCCGGAACGUUUUCAGACAAAAGGGAUCUUGAGGAUUUGGUUCGAUACGUCGAAGAUUUCACUAAGGUUUUAAACUCCACUUACAUGAGGAGCAUCAAGGCUGAGUUUGUCGACUUGACGUCUCCUAAAUGUUCGGAGUUUGAGUACGGCAGUACGGAAUUCUGGCGCUGCUACGUGCUGGCCACGUCGACGACGAUGUACCACUAUGUGGGUACGUGCAAGCUGGGCGCGGUGGUGGACGCGCAGCUGCGCGUGCGCGGCGUGCGCAACCUGCGCGUGGCCGACGCCAGCGUCAUACCGUACCUGCCCAGCGGGAACAUCAACGCGCCUGUCAUCAUGAUUGCGGAGAAGGCAGCAGAUUUCAUUAAGAGCGAUCACCAUUGUUUGCGUCUGUGAAGUAAUAUUUUUCGCUACAAAUCAAAACUUUUCCUUAAGUUUAAAGUUAUUUUGUAUAUUUAUUAUACACUUUAC